UGCGUUUAUGCAACUUGCAAACUCUCUUCAGAACCAGACCUUCAGCGAAGGAAUCUUCAGAAGAACGAGCAGUUGCACACGAGAGUGUGUCUGACAUACUUGUCUACCCGAGCAUCGAUGCAACGACUGGUCCUGGAGUUUCCACUCGUAGGAUGCCAGGGGUACAAUGAGGUUCCUGAGAACACCAGUGGCCAGAGUUGGUGUUGUUCUUUACAUGUGUCUAACUGCAGUGAAAAGCAAGACCGUGGCUGUGUCCCAGACACCAGCAGAGAUGGAGGUGCUGGUGGGGGAUGUGGCUCGGAUAAACUGUUCCUACAGCAGUGGAGACGGAGAUCAGAUGAGGAUUGAGUGGACGAGGAACUCCAGUGCACGGCCAUUGUGUUAUCGUAUGGAAAAUAAACACAGCUCCGGUUCGCGACAGUUCUGUACGAGUGGUUUUAAUGUUACUCUGGACCUCUCCGCCAACUCCUCAUCUUUAAUCAUCUAUAAUGUUCGCCUGAAUGACUCUGGCGUAUACUUUUGUCAAUUGUCUGUUGAAAUACCUCCCCCAACGUUGACAGCAAAAGGAGAAGGUACAAGGCUGACAGUGAACGCUCGUCCGCGGGUCUGGGUGAGAGCGGAGCCCGUGUCCACCCCCACCCGGGGGGUCCGGCUCACCUGCACGUCGCUGGACUUCUACCCCGGCCCCAUCCAGGUGUCCUGGUUCGCAGACGGACACCAGCUCACCAACGGGACGGAGACCGGGCCCCUCUCCCCCAACCCUGACGGCUCCUUCUCCAUCUCCAGCUACCUGAACCUCACCCUCACCGCCUGGGACCAGGGUGGGGACUACACCUGCCAGGUGAACCACUCCACGCUCCACAAACCCAUCACUGAACGAGCACACGCCAGCAGCGCAGAAAAAGGUCCAAAGCCCAAAGUUGGGUCCACGUGCUGGAUGUACUGGAGCACCCCCGAUCCAAGUGAGCAUCAGGCUGCUGCAGAGCCUCUGUCACCCUCGAUCAGCUUGGCCCUGGUACCGACGUCUCUCUCAUCGCCCGAUCACCUCUGUGUCCCGUGGACACCUCUUGCAGCCGACCUUGCAGGCGCUGGAAGCAAUACCACGGCCCACUCCUUGCAUCCGUCGCUGCCAGCGGCUCCCUCCUCCUCGGCUCUCCGGUCUUCGGGAACGAGCUCAGUGGCUUCCACGCUUCCACUGCAGGCAGCGGCCCUCCAGGUCCUUCUUCGCAGCGGCGAACUGGGCCUGCCGCCACCCAUGGCUGUGUGCAACUCACUGGUGAAGAAGGUGGUGAGAUCGGUGAAGUCCAGGGCGGAGAGUGUAGAGAAUGUGGAGCCGGUGAGGACGGAGCACUGUGCGAAUGAUCAUACCAUCUACCUGCUGCUCGGACAGGGCUGUGCCCGUGAAUCGUGA